CCAACUGCUGAGCCGUCAACGGCAUUUCUUGUUCUCAGAUUACCCUUCUGAGCACUCUCUGGCUGCCAGAUUAUCGAGGCCAUCAUAGCUUGAUUCGAUUUCACAGCUCCAGGCAUUAGCUAACCUUACCAAGCUGGGUUGCCUCGGUCCUGUGAUGGCUCCCCGUGUCGGCUGCUUCCUGUUGGCGGUGCUGAUUUCUGCCAGCUGUAAAGUCGUCACCUCCUCAGAUCCAAUGUGCACUGAGAAAGAAGCCAACAAGACAUAUAACUGUGAAAAUUUAGGUCUCAGAGAGAUUCCUGACACUCUACCAAAUACAACAGAAUUUUUGGAAUUCGGCUUUAAUUUCUUGCCUGCAAUUCAAAAUAUAACCUUCAGCAGACUCAUAAAUCUUAUCUUCUUGGAUUUGACCAGGUGCCAGAUUAACUGGGUACAUGAAGAUACUUUUCAAAACCAUCAUCAACUGAACACCAUUGUGUUAACUGGAAAUCCCCUGAUAUUCAUGGCAGAAACAUCACUUACCGGGCCCAAGUUGCUGAAGCAUCUUUUCUUAACCCAAACAGGAAUAUCCAGUCUUGAGUUUAUCCCAGUGCACAACCUGGAAAACUUGGAAAGUUUGCAUCUUGGAAGCAACUGUAUUUCCUCCAUUAAUCUCCCAGAAAACUUCCCAACACGGAAUCUGAAAGUCCUGGAUUUUCAGAAUAAUGCUAUACACUACAUCUCUAGUAAAGACAUAAACGCUCUGGAACAGGCCACGAACCUAAGCCUUAACUUCAACGGCAAUGACAUUAAAGGCAUUGAGCCUGGGGCUUUCAAUUCAAAAAUCUUUCAAAGUUUGAAAUUUGGAGGGUCUCUCAACUUAUCUGUUAUAUUGAAAGGUCUACAGAACUCUACUAUUCAGUCUCUUUGGCUGGGGACCUUUGAGGACACUGAUGACCAAGACCUCACUUCAGCCACAUUUGAGGGACUUUGUGACAUGGCUGUUGAGAGCAUCAACCUACAAAAGCACCAUUUCGGUGGCUUCUCACCUUCUACAUUUCGGUGCUUCACUCGACUCCAGGAGUUGGAUCUGACGGCAACUCACGUGAAAGGAUUACCCUCUGGAAUUGAGGGUAUGAACUCUCUCAAGAAAUUAGUUCUCAAUGCAAAUAGUUUUGACCAAUUGUGUCAAAUCAAUGCUGCCAGUUUCCCAUCCCUUACAGACCUCUCUGUCAAAGGCAACAGGAAGAAACUUGACCUCGGUGUCAGGUGUUUGGAAAAACUAGAAAAUCUUCAGAAACUUGAUUUAAGUCACAGUGAUAUUGAGGCUUCUGACUGUUGCAAUCUGCAACUCAAAAACCUGCCCCACUUGCAGUACUUAAACCUGAGCUACAAUGAGCCCCUUGGUCUCGAGGAUCAGGCGUUCAAAGAAUGUCCUUGGCUAGAACUACUGGAUUUGGCCUUUACCCACCUGCAUGUUAAGCCUUCACAAAGUCCUUUCCAAAACCUCCAUCUCCUGCGGGUUCUGAAUCUCUCUCACUGCCUCCUUGAUACCAGCAAUCGGCACCUUCUAGAAGGCCUGCUGGAUCUCCGGCAUCUGAAUGUACAGGGGAAUCACUUUCAAGAUGGGAGCCUCUCAAAGACCAACCUACUUCAGACAGUGAGUAGCUUGGAGAUUCUGAUUUUAUCCUCUUGUGAGCUCCUCUCCAUAGACCAGCAAGCAUUCCACGGCCUUGGGAAAAUGAGCCACUUAGACUUAAGCCACAACAGCCUGACAGGCGAUAGCAUGGAUGCUCUUAGCCCUCUUAAGGGGAUCUACCUCAAUCUGGCCGCCAAUAACAUUCGCAUCAUCCCAUCCCAUCUCCUCCCCACCUUGUCUCAGCAGAGCACCAUUAAUUUAAGUCACAAUCCCCUGGACUGCACUUGCUCAAAUAUCCAUUUCAUAACAUGGUACAAAGAAAACCUGCAUAAACUCGAGGGCUCGGAGGAGACCGUGUGUGCGAAUCCCCCACCUUUAAGGGGAGUUAAGCUGUCUGAUGUCAAACUGUCCUGUGGGAUGACGGGUAUGGGCAUUUUCUUUCUUGUCGUAUUUGUAUUCCUGCUCAUCGUUCUGCUCAUAUUUUCAGUUAAAUUUCUUCUUAGGUGGAAAUACCAGCACAUUUAGUGCUGAAGAUUUCUAGAGAUAGAAAAUAAAGAUGUUUAGCAAAA